AUGAGACAUGUUAUCAUCAUCAAGUUUCUCCUUCUCAUCUGCCUCUUUCUCGGAAGAAACAUGACUCGGCAAUGCCAAGAAGUCCAUUUCAAGAUUGGACCUGCUAAGAUUAGCACAAAACCGAAUUACGAGAGAGUGACGCCAACUUGGGUCGAAGAGAAAAGGUGGCAUAAGCACCCAUCAGGACCUAACCCAACAGGAAAUCGCCACCCACCGGCCAAACCCUGAGUUUAUAACAGCACAACUGUCGCAAAAAAAAGGGACUCUUCUAAUUAAGUCAAUGUCUGAUAUGUCUAUUUAUAGGAUGUAAUAAGGAGUGAAGCAGCCUAUAAGAGGAAGACAGUACUUAAGGUU